UUAGGUUCCUCUGCAUUGAACGUUUUUCUCUUUUAUGUUACAUUAAGGACACCUUUGUACUUGAUCACAUUAAGACGUAAUUUUGAAAAAAAGAGUUAAUGUAUUUAGUGUUUGCGUUAGUGCGCAAUGUACAUUUGGCGGGAAAGAGCACGUUGAGGGAAAAAAAAACGUAGUAUUAAAACCCGCGGGAGCAGCUGCUCGUAAUCUUGCAGUAAAUGGCAGUCAAGCAGUCUGAUGACUUCAGCCAGAACGAAGUACAUGCUCUCUAAGCCUAACACAGCAUUAAUAUCAUAGGAAAGACCAUAUUGUUGAAUACAACACCGGUGGAUUACUCCCACUUUGGAAUAUUAUUUUCACGUGACAUCGGCAGUAGGAUUUUGCCAGUCUUUUUUCAACUAAAACGGAUCUUAUUUGGGUGUCACUGUUACGGCAGCCACAAUGCCGCUGAAUUCAAAUAUGGCUAGUAAAAACUAUGAUUACGACUACGACUCUGUCCAGCCCUAUUUCUACAUCGACAAUGAGGAGGAGAAUUUAUAUCACCAGCCACAAAGCCAGCUCCAACCCCCUGCUCCAAGCGAGGAUAUAUGGAAGAAAUUCGAGCUGCUGCCGACACCACCGCUUUCUCCCAGCCGGCGACCCUCUUUAUCAAGUCUCUUCCCCUCAACUGCAGACCAGCUGGAAAUGGUCACUGAAUUAAUCGGGGACGAUAUGGUUAACCAGAGUUUCAUUUGUGACGCUUACUACUCCCAGUCAUUUAUCAAGUCUAUUAUUAUUCAGGAUUGUAUGUGGAGCAGUUUUUCGGCUGUUGCGAAAUUGGAGAAAGUAGUGUCUGAUAGAUUAGCAACACUACAAGCGAGGAAGUGCUCGAGUACCACAGGAGAAUCCGGUAUAGUAAACUCCACGAAUCCUAACGUGUAUUACCUGCAAGACCUGAACACCUCUACGUCGGAAUGCAUUGACCCUUCAGUGGUGUUCCCUUGCCCGCUUGGCGAGAACCCUAAACCCACCAAAACUACUACAGCGGCUUCCUUGGCUUAUCCUUUGGACACGCCACCGAACAGCAGCAGCAGUAGUUGCAGCAGCGAUAGCGAUUCAGAUGAUGAUGAGGAGGAGGAGGAGGAGGAGGAGGAGGAGAUUGACGUGGUGACUGUGGAAAAGAGGAAGUCUGUGAGGAGGUCAGACUCCGGCGCAUCUAGUGGAAACACUCACCACAGCCCCCUUGUCCUGAAACGGUGUCACGUCAACAUCCACCAACACAACUACGCAGCUCACCCGUCGACGAAGGCUGAGCAGCCCGCUGUCAAGAGGAUUAAGUCUGAGACCAGUGGGAGGGUGUUGAAGCAAAUCAGCAACAACCGCAAGUGCUCAAGUCCCAGGGCCUCGGACUCUGAGGAUAACGACAAACGCAGGACUCACAAUGUGUUGGAGCGGCAAAGACGAAACGAGCUCAAGUUGAGCUUUUUUGCGUUGCGUGACGAGAUCCCGGACGUAGCGAACAAUGAGAAGGCAGCCAAAGUGGUCAUACUCAAAAAGGCAACGGAGUGCAUUUACAGUAUGCAGUCAGAUGAGCAGAAGCUGUUGUCACUGAAAGAACAGUUGAGGGGAAAGAGGGAGAAGUUGAAACAGCGGUUAGAGCAGCUGAGAAACUCCCAGCAGGCUUGAAUGAAUGAAUGAAUGAAUGAAUGAAUGAGAGGAAGGACUCAAUCUUUAUGCCUUUACGAACUUGCUGUGUAUAGUUGUGGUGUCGCAUGCAAAUGCAAAAAUGACUGAAAUAUUGCAGGUGUUGGCCACACACCUUGACUGGAAUCCUGAUAUUGAUUAUUAUUUUUUGAACAUUUUCCCUGCCUCACUUGAGCUUCAUGGAGGUUAUCAAUUUGUAUUUAAUUAUUUUAUUUGUAUUGAUACAAUGAUGUGCUGAACCACACUUGUAAACUUUAACUUAAUGCUUUGUUUUUGUAAGUUUUGUACAUAAUUCUGAACUCUUUCUGAUGUACUGAUCUCAAUUACAUUAUAUAAAUCAUGUAUUUGACUGGA